AUGGAUGAAAAGUCACAAUUCUCCGAAUCAGUGGUCCAAGAUCUCGAGCAAAUGCACAGCGCUCUAAGACAAGUCAUGACCAAACUCAGCCUCCCAGAACUACCUCCCCUACAAAGCAUCAAUUCUCGAGAAGAAGGGACACCACCUAAAGACGAUCACCACGCAAAUACGUCACAUCACCUAUCUGUAUCACAAGAGGAAUUCCGCGGUCCUUCAUGCGAUAACUCACCGAAAGCGACACCUGAAGAUGAAGGACUUCCUUAUGUGCCUAUUCACUCACUCUAUACCCUUACUAAGCUCAGUGCUUUACGAUCACCCGAUAACCCUGAAGCUCAGAAGGGGAAUGCUAUCAACGACUUCAUCGCUCGUGGGGCUCUUUCGCUAGCAGAUGCAGAAAGUCUCUUUGCUCUAUAUCGCGACCGUUUAGAUCGGUAUAUGUACGGAAUCGGCUGUCGAUACAUGACCCUCGAAGAGCUUCGCCGCAAAAGUCCAAUCCUCUCCGCCGCAACUCUCACGGUAGCUGCAUUACACGACCCGAAAGCCGAUAACAUCUACGGAAUCUGCAGUAGUGAAUUCCGCCGUCUGAUGGAAAAGUCCAUGUUUGAGCGCCGCAUCGAUCGCGAUUAUCUACGCGCCAUGUGUGUUGCUUCGUAUUGGCUUAGUGAUCUUUCAUGGAUGCUUUCGGGAUAUGCUAUUCGACGCGCGGCUGAGUGUAAUUUGCAUAAUAGCUAUAAUCAGGCUAUUAAGGAGCAGAGUCAGGAGGCGGCGGAUUGUGCUCGGUUGUGGUAUAUCCUGUAUAUCUGCGAUCAGCACCUUGCUACUUUGUAUGGACGGCCCUCGAUUGUACAAGAGGAUUCGUCGAUUCAAGGAUGGGAGCAGUUCUUGAAAUCACCGGUUGCGACGGAGGAGGAUAAACGCUUGACUGGCCAGGUUAUGUUGGUCAGUAUUUUGCGAAAUAUUCGAGAGCUCUUUGGUACGGAUAAGGGUGAACCGAUUCCGAGAGUGUACCUGAAUCACAUACUGCAGUUCAGACGGCAGCUCGAUGAGUGGUAUACCCGGUGGAUGGGAGAAUUACCUGAGCAAUGGACCCAAAUCGGCUCAUUCCCACGAAAAGGCACAAUUCUUCACUACAACUUCGCCCAAAUUCAUCUCUACUCACACAUCUUCCGCGGUCUCUCCAACGACGCUCCCAUCCCUCAUUAUUUCCUCGACUGCGCAAUGCAAGCCGUAAACGCCGCAACAGCCAUCAUCGAUCUCAUAAUAACCGACCCGGACGUCGCAGCCGGCAUCGUAGGAAUGCCCUCGUACAUGCUCUCCAUGACCGCCUUUGCCUGCAUGUUCCUCAUAAAAGUCGCUGUGAAAUAUGGCAGCGACUUGAUUGAGCGUCAGCGUGUUCAAGAUCUAACGACAAAUCUUGUUCGACAGUUUCGGUCGCUAAAAGCUGGGAAGUGGCAUCUUGCGAAUCUCAUGGCUGGGGGGCUGGAGCGCAUGACUGCGACAUUGGCUACACCGGACCCUGGGCAGUUGGGACAGGCACCGGCUGCUGUGUAUAAUAAUACGGUUGAGCAUGUUGAUAUGGUGAUGCCAGGGAACCAGGUGUAUACUGAUAUGGAUGGGGAUACGUUCUUUGAUUAUGAUAUGAGUUUUGGGCUCUCGCCGGUUUUUAGGUUUGAUCCGAGUAUGUUUACGGUUGACGCUUCAGGACAGUCGCUUCCAACGUAUCCUGAGGCUGAUUAUGGGAUGAGGCCGCAAUAG